GUUGGCGCUCGCCUCAGGCCGUUUCCCGCCAUGUCCCCGCCGUCGAUGCCGCUGAGGCGCCGGCCUGCCCGGCCUCGCUCCCCAGCCGCCGCCUCCUCGUCCUCCUCUGCUGGGAGCGCGACUCCGCCGGGGCGGGGCGCGGGAUGGAUCUCGGACAGCGAGGUCGAGGCGGAGGCGGCGGUCGGACGGCGCGCCAAGCGGCCGACCCGGCGCCGCGGCUCCCCGGUGCCGAAGCGGGCGAGGCCGCGAGCGUCGGGCGAGGCCGGAUCCGCCGGCGGCCUGGGCCUCUUCGAGGCGCUGAAGGCGGGCAGGAGCGCCCUGGAGCCCGUGGUGGACGAGUGGCUGGAGGGCUACCAGGAGGACCGGGCCGGGGGCUUCGUGGAGCUGCUGAACUUCGUGGUGCGCGCCUGCGGCUGCAGAGGCGCCGUGACUCUGGAGAUGCUCGGCCGCCUGCAGAACUCGGAGAUCAUCAAAGGCCUGACCGAAGCCUUUGAGGAGGAUUCAGCCGAAUACCCGUUGUUGCUGAACACUCCCACGUGGCGACGUUUCCGUGCAGGAUUCUGUGAGUUCAUAACUGUGCUUGUGUGCCGUACGCAGCAUAAUGUUGUUUAUGAUGAAUACUUGAUGGACGGUCUCAUUGCCUUCCUGACUGGCCUGUCUGAUUCUCAAGUGCGUGCCUUCCGUCAUACCAGCACCCUGGCAGCUAUGAAGCUGAUGACGGCCUUGGUGCAUGUGGCAUUGAGUGUAAGCUUGCAGAAAGACAAUGCUCAGCGACAAUAUGAGACGGAGCGGGCCAAGGGAUUGGGCUGCUGGGCCCCAGGGAAGUUGGAAGGGCUGUUGGAGAAACAUAAGGAGUUCCAGGAGAAGCAAGAAGAGCUGGAGACCUUGAUGAAUGCUCUCUUCAAGGGAGUCUUUGUUCACCGCUAUCGGGACCUCAUACCUGAAAUCCGUGCUAUUUGCAUUGGAGAGAUGGGUCAGUGGAUACAGCAUUACACCGCUUCCUUCCUAACUGAUGGUUACCUCAAGUACAUUGGCUGGACUCUGCAUGACAAGCAGGGGGAAGUCCGACUUGGGUGCCUACUUGCAUUGCAAGGCUUGUAUUGCAGCCCAGAGACUGCCUCGCAGAUGGAGCUUUUCACCAGUCGCUUUAAGGAACGGAUUGUGUCCAUGGUUCUGGAUAAAGAGCCUCAAGUGGCAACGGAAGCUGUGAGGCUGCUUACUCUUAUCCUUCAGAAUAUGGACGGCGCACUCACUGACGCUGACUGUGAAAGGGUCUUCCCACUGGUUUAUGCUUCCAGUCGUCCUUUAGCUGCUGCUGCAGGUGGAUUUUUAUAUAGAAAGUUCUUGGCACCCAAGGUGGACGCCAGGGCAAAAUCAGGGGACCGCCAUGAGGGCACUCGUGUCUUCCUUCAAUUGCUUUUGGUGUUCUUUAUUGAAAGCGAGUUCCAUGACCAUGCCGCCUAUUUGGUCGAUAGCCUGUGGGACUGUGCAUCUGCCCUGCUGAAGGACUGGCCGGUGCUGACUGGCCUUUUGCUGGAGGAAUCCUCCAUAGAAGCAGGUUUGGGUGAUCUAAAGGAGAGCAGCCUCAUCUUGAUCUUGGUGGCCAGUAUGCGGCAAGCCACAGAAGGGCACCCACCAAUUGGCAGGUUCUCUGGAAAGAAGGUGUUUUCUGCUCGGGAACGCAAAGUGCAGUCUGAAGAGCGUUUAAGACUCGCACAGCAUUUUGUCCCUCUACUGCCCCAGCUGUUAGCUAAGUUCUCUGCUGAUGCUGAGAAAGUAGGACCUCUGCUGGAGGCUUUGCGUUAUUUUGACCUAACUCAUUACAGCUCAGGCCGUCUGGAGAAGUACUUAGACUUGCUGCUGAGCCAGCUAAAGGAAGUGGUGGAAAAGCACACCAGCAGUGAAGUGCUGGAGCUGGCUUCCCAGACUCUCCAGCUGUUCUGCCGCACAGAGUUUGCUUUCUACAGCCGUGUGGAUUUUGCUCGUAGCUGCAUUAUGGACUAUCUGGCGGAUAAAUUCCAGCACGAGGCUACUGAACUCCUCCAGUCCUCAUUUUCUGAGGAGGAGGAGGAGGUGUACAGCAUGGCUACCACUUUGAGACGCAUUGCCUUCUUCCACAGUGCCCACGACCUGACUCCGUGGAGGUUCUUUGAGCCCUGCGUCCGUCUCCUGCGCCACCUGCUGAACACAGGCGAGGCCUGCGAGCAGGUGGUGAUUCCUGCCAUGACUUGCGCCCACUUCUCGCUGCUCUGGGAACUGUCCCACUGCUCAGCCGGGGCCCUCCCUGAUCAGCAGCAUCUGCUCAGCCUCAAGGACAAAGUGGCUGCCUUUUGCUCCCUCUGCCAGAGCUGCCUCAUGGACAUGGAGCCCUGUAUCCAGAAGCAGGCCUUUGUGUUGUUGAGUGAUUUGCUCCUGAUCUUCGGUCCACAGCUGACUGACGGAGGGCACUCUGUCCUGCAAGAAUUGGUGUAUCAUCCGGAGUCUGCUCUACAGUCGCAGCUGGCUGGCUUUCUAAUGGACCACGUCUUCAACCACAGCCAAGCCCAGGAUGAUGAUAGUGAAAACGGAGAGCUUCAGGUUGAACAGCUGCACCAGCGACGUAAUUUGCUGUCUGGAUUCUGCAAACUGGUUGUCUAUGGAGUGCUGGAAUUGAGCGCUGCUUCAGAUGUCUUCAAGUAUUACUCCAAGUUUUACGAUGACUAUGGGGACAUCAUUAAAGAAACUCUGAAUCAGACCCGCCAAAUUGACCGAAUUGAGUGGGCUCACACGCUGCUACUCAGCCUGCAGCAGUUGCUGACCCAGCUCUUCUUGGAAGAGGGACCUGGGGCCACAGACUCAGCUGCCUUCCUGGAUAUCCGGGACUUGGCACGGCGGUUCUCUCUGCUGUUUGGGCUGCACCAGCUGCAGAACCGACCAGCCCUGGUGGCUUUGCACAAGGAUGGCAUAAAGUUUGCCUUUGAGGAGCCAGCAUCCCCCAACCCCAGUCUGGGUCUCAUCAACCUGCCCUUCUUGGAGCUGCUGAGUGAAUUCUCCCCAAGGCUCUUGCCUCCGGAUAAGGCUCUGCUCCUUGCCUACUUGAAGAAGACGGGACAGGCUCAUUUCUCAGGGAGCAGAGAUGAACCCCGCUGGCCCUCACUCCUGCUCUAUCGGCACUCCCUGAGCCCUCAGCAGGAGGCUGAGGCCCUCCAACCUCGCAAGGCUUCCAAGAGGAGACAUUUGAGUGGAUCCUCUGAGCACAGCGGCAGCACCAGCCUCGCCUCUGGUAGCCACCUGCAGACCCCCCUGCUGACUUCCACCGCCCUGAGGGUCAAGCGCCAGCUGACAGGGCCUCCCCUGGAAAUGGAGAGCUCAGGCAGCGAAGCCGAGUUUGCCCAGAGGCUGCACCUAAUCGAAGAGCCAGAGAACAGCCAGGAGAGGGAGGUAACCGGUUUGGUUUUUCCAUGGAAAAAUGUUGCAAUAGGCUUAGGACUCCUUUGACUUGAGUGAAAAAGCAGCUUGAAGAUGCAUAAGCAACAUGCAGAGCAGCUGUGGGGAAAGGAUUUUAAAACUGGCAAAAAAAGCAGCAUUCCUUCAAAUGCGUCAUAAUUAACCUGUGGAACUCAUUGCCUGCAGGAUAUUGUGAUGGCCACCAGUGUGGGUGACUGCAUAAAUCUCUCUGAAAAGUGGGUGAUGGGAUCCUUUUCCAAGAGUAACUUUGCUAGGUCAAGGCGAUUCUUAUCUGUUUGCAGUAAAAGGCCGGCACCUUGUGUGGUGGAGAGGCUGCUUUCCGCACUGGUGGUUAAGGGGGAAUUUGGGUGCUGCCGCCCAGAGCAUUCCUGAAGCCUCCUCAAGAGCGUCGAAUUUAGUGGCAGAGAAAGGCUCUUAUUGGUCUCCCUCUUUCCCUGCAGGUUUCCUGAAGCUCUUCUUUUGCAGAGGUCUCCCUUACGGGGGUGGGGGGUCGUGGAGAGGAGGGCUGUACAGAUUCCCUGCCAAGUAUCAUCACCAUCAUCUGUGCCUCGUUUUGCUCCUGCUGUAUAAAAUUUGCUUUCUUCCUUGGUUUGCACUGUUUAAUGAGGGUCACACAGGAUGCUCCCUGGUUUCGUGGCUUUGACUGUUUAUACUUGCUAGUUAAAAAAUAAAGCUGUUUAAUUUGGAAUAACAA